AUGUCGGCCUCCCCAGAACAUGAGGUCGAAGCCGAACCGGCGGCCACUGGAUCGCCCAACGACAAUGAGAACCAGCCGACGGACGAACAGAACGAAGAAGGCAUGAGUCGACCAGAGGACGUCGGUUAUGAUUUCGAGGUCAAGGAGCAGGACCGAUGGCUGCCCAUAGCAAAUGUCGCGCGAAUCAUGAAGACUGCACUGCCCGAGAAUGCCAAAAUAGCAAAGGAGGCCAAAGAGUGCAUGCAGGAGUGUGUUAGCGAGUUCAUCAGCUUCAUCACGAGCGAGGCUUCCGAGAAGUGCCAGCAGGAGAAGCGCAAGACCGUCAAUGGCGAGGACAUCCUCUUCGCCAUGACUUCUCUCGGCUUUGAGAACUACGGCGAAGCGCUGAAGAUCUACUUGGCAAGGUACCGAGAGAACCUCGUCGCUCGAGGCGACCAGAAGCCCGCCGCUGCCGGUGGCGCUGGCAACUCGGUCACUUCGCCAUCUUACGACAAUGCCAACCACAACGCCCUUGGACUGGAAGCUGAUGGCACCAACGACUUUGCGUACCCGGGGCAAGGUGCUGACAGUUAUUGA